AUGGCAGACAAACAGGACAUGGGGGAAAUCGCCACCUUCCAAAAGGCCAAGCUGAAGAAAAGGGAGAUGCAAAAGAAGAAAAUUCUGCUGACCAAAGAGACCAUUGAGCAGGAGAGAGCGGAGUGA